CAGAGCCUAUGAAAGGCGUUCAUGUUAGCAGACGACAGUGCGUCACGACCGUGUCUCCUCUCCCCAAAUCACCAGUGUUGCGGUGGUCCUGGACUCACUCCAGCCAGAUGUGGAGGGAACCUGCGUUUUGAGGUCACAUCCAGGACUCACUCCAGAUGUGGAGGGAACCUGCGUUUUGAAGUCACAGGUUUGACCAGCAAGUACAUACUUCGUCGAACAAAUUACAUAAAUCGGGCGAGAGAAGGGUCGUCGAGUCUCGCGUUCUUCAGACCCGUGCCAAAUACAUUACGCCAUGCCGCUUAACGCCAACCUGAGCUUCACCGAAGCUAGUGGUGACCCUUUCACCGGGGGUGUUAGCAAGUUGGAUAGUGAAGAGAACGGAGGUGUUGUCGAGCUAUGUCGUAGCAAUACUGAUCUCUUGCAAGACAGGGACAGGGAGAUUCACAAGUCAAGUCACGUGAACCGAGGCUUCUCUGUCAGUGAUGUAUCGUUAGCCAAUCAGAGUUCCCGCCUGCUGUUGAACACUCGAGGUCUGGUGAAUGAAACGAGACCCGCCGUAAAAGGACGAGGAGUUCCGAGGAUGACACAGCCGAACGUCGCCCUGCUGCCGCACGGCGAGAAACGAGCAGACGACACCGACUUGGAAAAUGGAGAAAAAAGGGACACGUGGGGUAAAAAGAUGGAUUUUUUACUCUCGGUCAUCGGCUUUGCUGUGGAUCUUGGAAAUGUAUGGCGGUUUCCAUAUAUAUGUUACAGAAACGGCGGCGGUGCGUUCCUGCUUCCCUACCUGAUCAUGCUGGUGUUCCUGGGGAUUCCCCUGUUCUACAUGGAGCUGGCCCUGGGACAGUUUCAGCGGACGGGCAUCAUCACCGUCUGGAAGAGGAUCUGCCCCAUGUUCAGUGGUGUGGGCUUUGGCGUGUGUAUCAUCGCGACACUGGUGGGGUCCUACUACAACACCGUCAUAGCAUGGGGCAUGCUGUACCUCGUGUCCUCGUUCAGGGCAGAGGUGCCUUGGAAGGGCUGCAACAACAGCUGGAACAGUCCCAACUGUGUAUCCCUAGCCAACAACGACAACAUCACCAACACAUCCGUCACGGCAGCUACCGAGUAUUUCUUGAAGGAGAUUCUCGAGUUCCAGUGGUCAGAUGGGGUGGGAAGCGUGGGCAAUAUCAAGUGGUCACUCACCCUGUGUCUACUGGCCAUCUUCAUUGUCAUCUACUUCUGUUUGUGGAAGGGAGUCAAGUCAUCAGGCAAGGCCGUGUGGGUUACCGCUACUCUCCCUUACAUCAUCCUCUUCAUCCUCCUCAUCCGAGGAUGCACUCUCCCCGGGGCGUCGAAAGGGAUCUACUACUUCAUCAAACCUGACUUUUCUAGACUCCUCACUGUUGAUGUGUGGGUAGAUGCAGCCGCUCAGAUUUUCUUCUCUCUUGGGCCAGGAUUCGGAACUCUGAUGGCUCUAGCCAGUUAUAACAAAUUCCACAACAACUGCUUCUUGGAUGCCAUGAUCACGCCGGUAAUCAACUGCUUAACAAGUUUCCUGGCCGGUUUUGUUGUAUUCGCUGUUCUCGGCUACAUGGCGCAUCUCCAAAACGUUGAAGUGGACCAGGUCGCUGCUCAGAGUGACGGUCCCGGCCUUGUAUUUAUCGCAUACCCAGAGGCCAUUGCGACCUUCGCUGGGUCUCCGGCUUGGGCCGUCUUUUUCUUCCUCAUGCUCAUAACAUUGGGCCUUGACAGCUCGUUUGGAGGUCUGGAGUCCAGUAUAACGGCCAUCACUGAUCAAUUCCCCAAGUUGAGAAAGAGGCGAGAACUCGUAGUACUUGCUCAGUUAGUACUGUGCUUCAUCAUCGGCUUGCCGACGACGACCUAUGGGGGUCAAUACAUCAUUCAGCUGAUGGACACGCAUGCCGCUCCCAUCUCUCUCAUCUUCAUCUGCUUCAUCGAAGCCGUCGCUGUCAACUGGAUAUAUGGCGUACAGCGAUUCUCCUCGGACAUCCAGACCAUGCUGGGAUCACCUCCGGGGAUGUUCUGGAAAGUGUGCUGGGUUGGGAUCUGCCCCCUCAGCUUGCUGACACUGUUCGUGCUGUCCAUCAUCGGGUAUCAGGGCGUGCGUCUGGGAACCUACAUAUAUCCCCCCUGGGCCGUGGCGCUAGGAUGGUGUCUCACCUCAAUGUCUCUACUCUGCAUCCCUGUCUUCAUGGUAUAUUGGUUCCUUACUUCUAAAGGCACCAUGAAGCAGAAGUGUCUACGAAUGGUCAAACCAGUUGAGUAUCCUACACAUGUGAACAGGACGCUUAGUGACAGUGAAAGUAAAUAUUCCUCACCUCAGAGUUUUGAUACAGAAGAACUCCCCAGUAGCCAAGUUGGAGGAAACUGUAUUGAAUCUGCUGCAUAGUCGUACAUACGUUUUACGACAUCAAGCCAACAUCAGCCAUGACAUUUGUCAAGACCGGUUUACGGCGCUUUACGACAACGACGCCUUUUCGGCGGAAAGGCGACCACUUUUCAUAUUAUGGAAGCUAUUCAUAUGAGAGAGCUUGGUCCAGCAACGUUGCUACGCAUUCGGGUGUAUAUUUUCAUUGUUCAUUCUUUAUAUUGUUACGAUUUUACUGGUGCUCAAAUAGAAGGAAUCGUUGACGGUUGGCGUGACAAGAUGUGUAGUCGUGUUUGUGUAAAUAUAUCAGGUUUGUCGUCUAUGUCAAGUAUGUUAUUUAGAGAUGUGGUUUUCGUCAACAUUUCCCUGGUGUUAUAAUAGCUAGAUACACUUGAUAACGAGAACAGAGGUAUUAAUUUCUUUGAUACAAACGUUUGAACUGAAUACUCAAACCGGUUUUCAUGGAAUACUUAAUGUUUGACAAACUUUUAUUGUUUAUGAAAAGAAAUGAGGAAAA